UAUUAUUUAUAGUUUUCGUUAUCAGCUAUUGUAAUUUGUAUGAGAAUUGAGCAAUAUAAAAACUUUACUACAUAGUACAUAAUAGAGCUAGAGUAAUCAGUAAAUUAUAAAUAUAUUAUCUGGUUUAUCUCAAAUCUAACAUCAUUCUAAAAGGCAUCAUUACUCAUAACAAUUUACAACAGAACACUAUUACUCGACGAACGUAUUGUUAGUGUUACUAGUCACUUACAGUGUUGAACACGUUCUGUGUUCUGCUAGUAUAACUAUUAUGUCUGACGCUGUUCAAAAGGAGCUUGAAGUAGAUAUAAUGCAUAAUUUGAAAACAGUGUUGAGUCGUAUUGAAUUGGCCGUAAGCAGACGAAGCAAAGAUUUACCUAACAUUGCACCAAAAUUGAUUGCAGUGUCAAAAAUAAAGCCUGUACCAAUGAUUAUAGAAGCAUAUAAAGCAGGACAGAGGCAUUUUGGUGAAAACUAUGUGAAUGAGCUAUCCGAAAAGGCAAAUGACCCACAAAUUCUAGACCAAUGUAAAGAGAUCAAAUGGCACUUUAUAGGGCAUCUGCAAACAAAUAAGAUAAAUAAGUUACUGCAAUCACCUAACUUGUAUAUAGUUGAAACAGUGGACUCAGAGAAACUUGCUGAUAAUGUAAAUAAGCAAUGGGAGAAGUUCAGAAACAGUGAUAGCAGAUUGAAUGUUAUGGUGCAAGUUAACACUAGUGCUGAAGAAGCCAAAAAUGGGUGUGAACCUUCAGAAACUACUACAUUAGUCAAACAUGUCUUGGAAAAGUGUCAAAAUCUUAAUUUCAAAGGUUUGAUGACAAUAGGACAAUAUGACUAUGAUGUAUCGAAAGGUCCCAAUCCAGAUUUCAUACUCCUUGCUAAGUGUCGCAAUGAAGUUUGUACAAAAUUAAACUUGGAUAUAAAUACUGUUGAACUCUCAAUGGGAAUGUCUACGGAUUAUGAACAUGCUAUUGAACUGGGAGCCACCACAGUUAGAGUUGGAUCAACAAUAUUUGGUGUGAGACCUCCAAAAAAUGCACAAACAAAUAAUUCAUAAUGAUUUAAACAAAUUAUAAUAUGCAAACCUGAAAAAUCUAGGGAACCAAAAAAUUGCUGCAAUAUUAUAAUUUAUAAAUUAUACUUAUAUACUAGCUUACCUCAUAUCUCA